AUGGAUGGAGAGGAGAGCAGCGAGGAGGAGGAGCUGGUCGGCAUGGAUCUGGAGCAGCACUGGUUGCAAGAAUCAAAUGAUGGUAUUGACUAUGGAGUUGCUCAGUGGGUUGAUGCCCCAUGGCCUUCUAUUCUGCAAAGAUGUUUGGAGAAGAUAUGGGAGAUGUUUCAUGAGGAGAAUCAUGGCAGAAUGAUUGACCAUGAGAAGUAUAAGAAAGAGUUGGGCAAGGUGAACAAGCAAUUGGAUAGACUUGGGGAUCAGUUCAGUCAGCUGGUUGAGGAUGUCACCAAGAUGUUUGAUUGGGCAGAUAAGAACAACAGGGUCAUGAGUGAUGAAGAGUUCAAGCAGAAGCAGAUGGAUGUGGACAAGGACAUGGAGAAGCUAGCUAUCAGCAAGGAGAAGCAGAGUGCUGACUUUGGCAAGAUGAAGGAGAUGGAGAAGCUGGCUCAGGAGCUGAAGGAGAUGAAGUGCAUUCUUAGGUCUCAGGGGGAGAUCAUUAGGAACACAAGGAAGGAGAGGGAUGAGAUGAAGAAAGAGAGGGACUGGCUGGUAGAGGAGAAGAAGAAGCUGGAGUUUCUGGUGGGUGAUCUUAUGAAAGCUGGUCAUGGCAACAAGGACAAGCUUGCCAAGAUCAAGUCAAUCCUUGAUGAGUGA